AUGCCUGAAGCCCUAUCUACUGAAGCCCCAUCUACGCCUCCUCACCACCGAUACCUCUCUCGUGAUGAGAUUAUUGAGGCCCACGCCCUGCAUCGAGCAGGCCACAGCUACAUGUUUAUUGCAAACCAGCUUAAUUGUACAAGAAGACAAGUUGGUUAUGCAAUAACUAGGAGCUCUGUUACACCUAAAAAGUGCUCUGAUCAUCCACCCCGUCUUACUAAUACCCAAGUCGAUGAGCUUGAGGCAUAUAUCCGAUCGUCCCAUAACACCCGACAGAUGAGUUAUCUCCAACUUGCUCAGGGCCCUUUUGAGCACUAG